CUCCAUUCCUCUCUCAACCUCCUCUCCUCUUCCCUCUCCCUCCUCGACUCGUCCACCUCCGACUUCCCCCGUCUCUCCUCCGUCCUCAAGACGGUUCGGCACUACGAGCUGAUCCCCCAACCGACUCUACAAGCCGCCGAAGCUUCAUUACGCGACGAAAUCGGCCCGUUCAUCGAGCUGCUGCUGGAGAGGGUGGACAAAGAGCUGGAGCGAAAAGGUAGGAGGGUGGAGACGCUCAAGGCCAGGUGUGAGCUCAAUGGCGGGAGACUGUCGAAUUACAAUCGAGAACAGAAAAGUGGUGCAGGAGGCGGCAUACAGAAGAAGGGUGGUGGUACUAAGGAGGCCGGAAGUGGAAGUGGGGGGAAGAAGCUCAAUGGGGAGGCUGCGCUAAGAGCCAAAGUGGUCAGGCAGCGGAAGGAGGCGCUCAAGUAUAGUGUCGAACGGUUGGAAAUGGAGGUGGCCCAGAAGGAGAGGGAGUUGAGGAUGAGGUUGGAGCAG